GCUUAGUUAGUGGUAGCAUCGUCGUUAAUGAAUAUGAAGAUUCUGGUUGUCAUUUGUGGAAACUUCAGGUUUUGUCAGCGAUUUUAAGCUUCACUGUUUGGUUUGCUAAAACGAGUAUAUUGGUUCGGUUUAGCUUCGUUGAAACAGAUAUGUCGCUUGGUAUCUUUGUUGGGGCCUUCAUCGCUUGUCUUGAUAUUAUAAGAUAA